AUGAAUGCAAGUCAGAUUAAUCAGAUUCAAGGCAGGGUCGAUGAUACUUACCGUCUCGACCAGGAAAAGAUCGAUCUUCGAAAAUCUAAGGUGAGACUUGAAAACGACCUAAACCGCCUGAGAGACGAGAAGAGAGCGUUACUGGAAACCAAAGAUAAGUUACAAGUCGGUCUUGAUAACGAAAUCGAACGGGCAGCGGCGAAGGAGAAUCGACUCUCUGCGGAAAUUGACCAACUCCAAGACAGACUAUUCAUUUUAUCGGAAAAACGCGAUCACGAACUCAUUGCCGCCAAAAGCAAAGCUGAGCGACUCGAACUACGUACCCAAGAACUCGAAGCUCUCUUGGACAAUCAGGCUUCUAUUCGCGCGGAAGCAUCUACGUCACCCGACUUCUCAAUCCUGCGGCGAAGCCUGGAAGAUGCACGACGCCAAGAGAGAGACGCACUUGAACGUGAAUCAACACUCAAGGCCUCCAUCCGGGACCUGAAAACGCGCAUCGUAGAAUUAGAGCGGGAGAAUCAUGAGCUCAAAGCUAAGGCGCUGAGCACCAGCUCUCCAAAAGUAUCCCCUUCGACGCCACUUAAAGUCCAAGAGGAGCUUCGGAGCCUUCGCAGCCAACUACUCGACAUGCACAGGGCCAUGAAAGAUAUAAAAACCCAAAAUCACGAAUUGCAACAUGCCUCAGUAAACGAAGAAGAGCGUAGAGAUCUCCACGACUUGCUCAAAUCAUCAACUCUCGAGGCCGAAUCUUUAGCGGUACGCCUUUCCGAGCGUGACACCCGUGUUCAUGAAUUGAGAACACAUCUCCGUAGAGUCCGUGAUGAGCGCGCACUGUCCAUUAAGAAAGCAGACGCAGCUCGUCACGAGCUAGAGUCAUUACAGGCCAGAUAUGAGGCUUUACUAGAAGAGUUGACGCAACAUUCGGAACGAAAAGGACGACACGCCAAGGAAAUCAAAGGUUUAGGGAAAGAGAUUAUGUGGUUAAAGGCCCGAUUGGUCCGGGAGGAGAAAUUCCGUCAGGAUCUUGCGUGGAGUAAGGGGCUCAUGGAGCUGGGUGAACGGGUUCGGAUUGCAUGUAACGAAACCGACCUCAAAAUGAUCGCUGAAAUGGGGGUGAAGCCCAACAGCCCGCGAAAGAAAUUUGACGCCCGUCUAAAACUUAAAGCUGUAGCAUGCAUGGCCUUGGCUGUCUGCCGGAUGCAAUUGAUGAGUGCUGAAUGGAAGAAAUUAAAGAAACUUGGUGAAGGCCUUCGGAAAGCGAAAGGGGAGGUAUUGAAGAAAAGGGAAAGUAUGAGAAGGAAAGCUCUGACUGACUGA